GGCUCAGGAUGGGCGUGCGGCCCCGCUUUGCGGCAUUUUGUUUUUUUGGCCAUGGCUUUCCACGAGAGCUUCUCGCGGACGCGGUCCGUGUCAUGUAAAGAGACCUCCGAGCAGCAGAUGGACGAUGCGCUGGUGCAGGCCGUGAACGACGCCAUCGUUUCGCAGGCAUUUAAGUCUGCCGUGGAGGACUGCAGAUUCUGCGUCACAGUGGCGAACCCGCAGGGUGAAGAUUGCCCGCUGAUCGCUGUCUCCAAGGAAUUUGAGACGAUGACAGGUUACACGCGGAAUGAGAUCCUGGGCGUCAACUGUCGCUUCCUCAAUCAGGGCGUGGACAUGAAUCCACAGGACCUGGCGCAUUUGCGUGAAGCGAGUGCCUCAGGCGCGCCCUUUACAGCGAUUCUGCCAAAUCGAAAGAAGUCCGGGGAGCUAUUUUUGAAUUUGCUGGACGUGCGGGGGCUGACGGUCGCAAGAGACAAGACAACAGGUGAGGAGCUUUGGUAUCUUAUUGGCAUCCAAGCAGAUGUGUCAGAACUGGGAGAGGAGCAGGUGCCAGAAGAUCAUUUCAUAGAGCUACAGAUGCUCUCCGAUUUCAUUCGGGACAAGAUCAUCAAGGAGCUUUCGGACUACGCGCUGGCCACCCAGGAGACGCGGCAGGGCUCCUGCUUCGAGCUGCUGCCGCGGCCCGAGUGGCGGCGCGGAGCGCCGCUCGGCAGCCGCAAGGACUCCAAGAGGCCGAAGGGCGAGUCCCAGCCCCAGGCGGAUGUCGCGAAAAGGCGGAUCAGCGUCGGGCUCGGGCUGAGCCUCUUUGCCGUAGGAGCCGGAUUAACGAUUUUCUUAAUGCGCAGACGUGCACGCGGAUGAUCGUAGUGUAGUGAAUUUCUGAAUGCGAUCGC